AUGGGUCUCAGCGACUGUGUCGAUGAAGGAACCUCUGACGGAUUGCAAGCAUCCGGCAGCGACAAUGGAUAUGGAGAGUCUGAUUGGAUUUUCCUAGUCGGUUGCAGCACCGCUGCAGCACCUGAUCCUACUUCUUUAGCUCAUUUCCAGCAACUGGUUGCUCCUCAUUUCUUCCAGCAGCCAGUCCUAAACCUAAUUGGGGUGGCGAGGACAUAUACUCUCGGUAGCCACUCGACCAAGCACCCAGAUCCAGACGUUUUUACGUACCUUUUAGGUCAAAAAUGCGUUGGCACACUGGGGGGCAUACGAGCUUCAACUCAGUCCGGGCUGAGGGUGGCCCUUCUUCACUCUGCCGCUAUCGGGAUGGUACGAUUCACUCGCCCUCUCCGACUGGCACUCUCAAAGCCUCUUCGAACUUCUGAGCUUAGGCAAAAGAAGAGAAAGUGGGAAAUCAUAUGCCGGACUACAGUCCGAAUGAUGCAACAUCAGGAGAUCCAUUAUAGUCAACAUAUCCAACUUGACCGUGCAGCAGAACGGUACUCGUACACGCCUCACCUCGAAUGGGAAGGGUCAACACUUAUGUCCGUAAUUCAGGCCUUAUUUAUAGAUGGAUUUCCUGCCCGCUACUGUCGAAGAGCCGGUCAAGGUGGCAACAAAGGAAUUCUUCAAAAUCAGCAAAAGCUGUUUGCCCUUCUAUCGUCAGGUAUAUAUCUAUGGCUUGACAAGGUCGCUGAAAGUGGUAUGAAUAUGGCUACUUAUGGAAGAAAGGAGAAAGAAACUCUCAUCUUACAGAAGCGUCAGAACCCAGCCUGCUUGGAAUAUGUCGUAAGAGCACAGGAUUCCCAAGCCCGCAAUCCCGCGGUUUUUGACGAUAUUUUACCCAUCUGUCUAUUUGAUUUCGAGUACAAUAAAGCUGUUGAAUAUUGGCAUUUCCACUGGGGUGUGGAUGUCGAUAGGUUGGCGGGCGAGUUUUGGGAUGUUAUUGAGCGAGAUUACGAUGAUAUUUAG